AUGCUGCACAGUGCCAGUCUUUUGCUUGUGUCGCUCCUUGCGGCACUGCCUGUUAACGCCGAUGGACUAUACACUAAGAAUUCGCCGGUGAUCCAGUUGAAUCCCAAAACCUACAAGUCGCUCAUUGCGAAUUCGAAUCAUACCUCGAUCGUCGACUCUCUGCCUCUCCCCUCCGACCUUCACUCACGCUUGUCACUUAGAUUCUACGCGCCCUGGUGCGGCCAUUGCAAGAACCUCAAACCUGCCUACGAAAAAGCCGCGAAAAAUCUCGACGGACUCGCGAAAGUCGCCGCGAUCAACUGCGACGAUGACGAAAACAAACCCUUCUGCGGACAGAUGGGUGUCCAAGGCUUCCCGACCCUGAAAAUCGUCACACCUUCCAAAAAGCCCGGAAAGCCCCGCGUCGAGGACUACCAAGGCGCGCGAAGUGCCAAAGGCAUCGUCGACGCAGUCGUCGACCGCAUCCCCAACCACGUGAAGCGCGCAACAGACAAGGACCUGGACAAGUGGCUUGGACAAAACGAGGACCGGCCCAAGGCCAUCAUCUUCACAGAGAAGGGUACAACCGGCGCGUUGACCCGCGCCCUGGCAAUUGACUUCCUCGGCGCAAUUGACAUCGCCCAAGUACGGAACAAGGAAACCGCCUCCCUGAAGAAGUACGGCGUGACCGAAGUGCCAGCCCUUGUCCUCAUCCCCGGCGGCGAUGCCGAACCGAAAAUCUACACCGGCGAGAUGAAGAAGAAGCCCGUCACAGAGUUCCUGAGCCAAGCGGCUACACCAAACCCGGACGCCUCACCCCGUUCCGCCUCCAACUCCAAGCCCAGGCCGAAACCAAAGUCCAAGCCCGCUUCUAAGCCUACCGUUGUCGACGACGCCGAAGACAUCAAACCCACCGCCUCCCAGGACCAGGAUGAAACAGAACCCUCCGCUAAGCCGGUUCAGGUCCCCAUCCCUGCUCCCGCAAUCCCGACCCUCGCCACCCCCGAAUCCAUUGAGUCAGCCUGUCUCACACAGAAGUCCGGCACUUGUGUGCUAGUCAUCCUCCCCGAGGCGAGCGAACCCGACGCCGCGCUUCCAGCGUCUGCUACUGAGGCACUCGAAAGUGUCGCUGAGAUCGGUCACAAGCACGCCCAGCGUGGAACGCAUCUCUUCCCGCUGUAUGCUGUCCCUGCUAUCAACACCGGGUCCAAGUCUCUGCGUGAGGCAUUGUCGUUGGAUGGCCAGACGGUUGAGAUUAUCGCGUUGAAUGCGCGCCGCGGUUGGUGGCGUCGCUUCAGCGGUGCUGAUGCGGACUUUGGAGCUGUUGCUGUUGAGUCUUGGGUUGAUGGGAUUCGGUUGGGUGAGGGCGCCAAGCAGAAAUUGCCCGAGGGGAUUGUUGCCGGUGUUGAGGCUGAGGCUGAGGCUGAAGCUGAAGCUGAACCCGAGGCCGAGGUUGAGCCUGAGGCGGAAGCUGAGGUUGAACCCGAGGCCGAGGAACAGGCCGUUGAGCAUGAUGAGUUGUGA